UUUAGGGUUGUUUUGUUUGGGAGAAGAAGGAGCAAUGCAAUAGUACGUAUCCCAGUUCCCGCCCGGUGGGUUUCUGUGGCCGAAAUGGGAAUGGAAACCUGGCCUCCAGACUCAGACAGGUCUGCUGCCAUGCUGGCUGACGUCGAAGAGGAGGACGCCUUGCAGUUCAAAAGGUUUUUUGAGGAAGUGACCAACAAGAAUUAUCUCAGUAGGAGAUAACUGAGAAAAAUGAUAAGGAGAUGUCUUCAAGCUGUGAUAGCCACCAAAAUGCCAUCAAAGUAAGACAUCUUGGUGACAGCCGAUGUGGCCAGGAGCCACGCAGAGCUGCCCUGCUUCCUAGUUUUGGAAAACAAUUGCUGACCACCUUUCAAAGAUUGCUGAAGCCAGACUCUGGCUCCAUCCACUUGAUGUCCCUUCCAUAGAAGAUGGCACCUGCCCUGCCCUCUCCAUAACCUUGGCGUGAAACCUUGCAAAGCUCAGCAUGGAAAAGAUUUUAGGUGUGUUGUUCUUUUUAAAAUGUACACAGCCUUGAGUCUCAAUUUUGGAUAAAGGCGGGAUACAAGGAAAUACAACAGCAACAAUAAUAAAAACCACCACCGCCACAUGUGUUUGGAGAGAAAGUGGCAGAAAAUAGGAAACAAAUGAAAAUAUAUAUAGCUGAUGUCAAGAUAAGUCAUCCCACGUUCUGGUCGUUGGUUGCAGCCAACUUUCGCAGCCAAUUUGUGCUAUAUCUUACAUUCCUGGAUCCUCAGAUCUGUCAAAGCCUGAUUCCUCCUGAUGCUCCUUUGAAUGGAAGCACUAAAGAGCUGCCACCGCCACCAUUUUCCCACCCAGGCAUUAAACUAGCUCAGAAAUGGCAUCGCAACGGAGAGAGCAGAGAAGAGAAUGUGUUUUAGGAAGCCAUCAACCACAGAAAAGAGCUGCCCUCCUUUGAUUUUGCUGCGGAUCUGUCCACAGGAAGCCUUGCACAUUUGGGUCAGCUUGGAUAAACAGCGACCGCUUCCCCUUUUGGAACGCUGGUCCCCGGGCCCAAGCUCUCCAAAGGAAAAGGAGAGCAGGUUGUGAACUUGAGUGCCCCAACCACAGAUCAGUUAUGUCUCAUAACAGGAAAGAUGAGAGCCAAGAUAUUUCCCAACCUUCAAAGGGGGAGAAGCAAGCUGACAAGUAAUUGGGCUGCGCAUUCAACCGACGUAGAUUCUUCGGAAAUAUCCCCUCCAUCGAGCAGAUUUCAAAAGAUGAAUCAGCAGAAAGGGACUCUCUCUCGAAUGGGAAGCGGUUGGCCGGAGCUUCCCCUUUUUCCGCCUCUUGUCACUUUUAGAAACCCGUCUCUUGUGAUUUCUCUUUGGAUAAACAAAGCAGCAGCAUCCUCUCAAGAGACCUGAGACAAAAUCUCCUCCAAUCGCCAGUUCCAGAAUUCAGGACAGCUAAAGAAACUGCACCGAGAAGCUCUUUUCUUUCUCCCCCUGGGUCCAAAAUGCUUCCCAAAACGGUGAUCUUGGUGGUGACCCUGAGCAUCGUCCAGCUGCCCCUGAGCAUCACCCAGGAAUGCCUCAGCAAACAGCAAGUGGCCAACACCAUCCGACAGGUCCAGAAACUGCUGUCCGCCCACGAAGCCUCCCAGCUCCAAAGCCUGCGCAACUUCAAGAAGCAGCUGACUGUCCUCCAAGGCAGUGUCCUCAAGCAAGGGACCAGGCGGAACGAGAGUUGCGCUCUUCUGCCUGUUCCUGCGAAUGGCCGGCGGCUGGGCAAGAAAGUGGCCGUGGGCCACGAGGUGCAUUUUGUCUGCGAUCCGGGCUUUCGGCUGAUGGGUUCAGAGACACGGAUGUGCUUGGAGAACCGGACGUGGAGCGGACAGACACCGUCCUGCAAAAACAUCAACGAUUGCGCCAGCAACCCCUGUGCCAAUGGAGGCACUUGCGUGGAUGGCAUCCAAAGCCACAGCUGCCAGUGCGCCAGAGGCUGGUCGGGAAGCACCUGCCAGGUCCCACUUUAUUCUGAUGGAGCGAUGCUCAGCAAUACAUCCUUUAGCCGCCAACCGCGCUGCGCAGACAACCUUUUGGGGUCACGCCAAUGCAGCUGUGACAGCGGCUUCCAGAUGCGGGCGGGAGGCAUAUGCCAUGAUGUGGAUGAGUGCCACGUCUUCCAGUCCAGCCGCCACACUCGCAUCUGCCUCCACGAAUGCGUCAACCUGCCAGGGUCCUACCAGUGCAUUUGCCCAGAGGGAUACCAGUUCCAGUCUGACCAGAAUACCUGCAAUGACAUCGACGAAUGCGCCGACAACCAGAACAACUGCAGCCGCGGACAGACCUGCGUCAAUAUCUUUGGGGGCUUUCGCUGCGUACGACCUGAAUGUCCCAAGGCCCAUCUCAACACCACUUACGUCAAGACUUCACCCUUGCAGUGUGAGCGCAGCCCUUGCCCCAUGGACAGCAGGGCUUGCCAGAAAGCUGCCCACUCUGUCUCCUUCCACUACCUCUCCCUGCCCUCCAACCGCAGCGUGCCCAGGGUCCUCUUCAAGAUGUCCACCAGCCGCUUCGUGGGAGACAGCCUCCGCUUUGCCAUCUUAGGCGGCAACGGUCAAGGGCAGCUGAUGGUCCAGCGAUCUGACCAGCACGCUGGGGAGUUGGUCCUCACCCGGCCGGUGGUGGGUCCGGCCACAUUGGAGGCCGAGCUGGAGAUGAGCGAGUUUGCCCACAAGGUCCUCUUGGGGAAGCACAUCUUCAAAGUCACGGUCUUUGUCUCCCAGUACGAAUUCUGAAACUGGCAUCCAGAACAUGGCCUGGAUGGACAUUGAACAGCAUCAGCAGCAACAUCCUAAGGACUUGAGCCUCAACUUGUGAUGCGCAGAACAGUUGGAAGUGGCCUUCGAAAAUGAAGCCACCCUCUGUGUGGGAUUCAUGCAGUGCUUCCAUGGUUCCUGCUCCAAAAGGAGAUGAUUAUAUACAGUACGGGUUUCCAACAUUUCCCCCAUUUUUUUAAGGAUGACUCCAGUCCUUAUAAGAUCGGGGAGGAAAGAUACCCCAACGGUUGCCCAACAGAGGCCCUGCCAGAGCUGGAAAAGAUAAGAAGGAACAUGAUUUUUAUAAAGCACAGCCCUCUCUCUCAACAUAGGAUUGCCCUGGGCCAUAUUUACAAGGCUUUUCUCUCAGCGGUGAAGGGGGAUCUAUCUGCCCCAUUAUUCUGGGGGAUUAAUCCCAAUUUUGCCAAAAGAGUGGGGAAGGAGACCCCUCAAUGUUAACUUUUCCCUUCUAUCAGGCUGCCCCAAAAGCAAAAGGCAAUUACCCAAGUCUGAAGAAUGAUCAAGACCAGCAGAUAAAUCUUUCUGAUCUAAUAAGGAAUGGUUCUUGAAUAACAGCAGUGCAAACUUUAGAGAUGGGUCUGGAAGCUCUGCAAGAAAUGGGUUGUAUCCUGAACGCUGUAUGAUGAUACCUGGAGGACAUAUAUAUAUAGACACACCAGCGAGGAGAUAUGCUCAAACCCCAAAUUCUCUCGUCAGACAUGUGCAAAAGGAAUGAAUUUCACCUGCUAUACAAAUUGUCAUCGCUACAUGCUCUAGCUAGGUACCAGAGAUAGAAAAUGUAAAAUAUAUAGAUGUUAAAAAAAUCAUUGCCUUUACUGUGUAGACACCUGCCAUUAAAAUGUAAUGGCUGAGUAUUAUGUCACAUGGAAAGGUUUGUUUGUAAAUCAAUAAACCACCUGUAAA